AUGUUUGCAUAUAACAUAAAGGCGGAGAUGUGCGGCAGUAUCAAGCAACCCGCAUACCGGCAUGUUCCUGGCAUGUUUAACUUGACACGAAGUCCUUUUCAGAACACAAACAAGAUAGUGACAAAUCGUGGUUUCUCUCUUGUGGGAAUCAUGAUCAACAACCUACUUCAGGCGCUCGCCCGGUUCCUGGACCGCCCGCUCUUCCCGUGGAAGACGGUGUUGGUUGGCUUUUCCCUGGGUCAAUAUGUAUUCGAAAGCUUCCUCUCACUACGCCAAUAUCGUGUUCUCCAGAAUACCAAGCCUCCAAAGGUCCUAGAAGGGGAAAUCACAGAAAAGGUCUUCGAGGAUAGUCAGACAUACGGUCGCGCAAAAGCAAAAUUCGGUUUCUUUUCCGGCAUCUAUGGUCAGCUCCAGAACUUGAUUUUCAUCUACUACGACUUCUUGCCGAAAAUAUGGGCAUUGACUGGCGUAUGGCUCGUUCGUUACUUCCCGGCCUGGUCACAGGGUGAAAUUGGACAUACGAUGCUCUUCUUCUUCGCUUUCAACAUUUUGACUACUGUCUUGUCGCUCCCCAUCUCGUACUACAGCACUUUUGUCCUUGAAGAAAAGUUCGGCUUCAACAAGCAGACCAUUGGACUAUGGAUUACGGAUAUGUUGAAGGGCCAGGCUCUUGGUAUUGCUUUGGGUGGUCCCAUUAUGGCCGCGGUGCUUAAGAUCAUCCAGAAGACUGGUAAUGAAUUCUUCUACUACCUCUGGAUGUUUAGCAUCGUCGUCCAGGUCUUCGCCAUCACAAUUUACCCGAUUGUUAUCUUGCCCAUGUUCAACAAACUUUCGCCUUUGGAGCCUGGUCCCAUCAAAACUGGCGUUGAAGAACUCGCUCAAAAGCUCAAAUUCCCCUUGCAUGAUAUUUACUCUAUCGAUGGCAGUAAGCGAAGCGCCCAUAGCAAUGCCUAUUUCUUUGGAUUCCCAUGGAAGAAGCACAUUGUGAUCUAUGAUACUCUUAUGGAGAAGAGCGAGCCUGAAGAGGUCGUUGCUGUCCUCAGCCACGAAUUAGGUCACUGGAAGCUUGGGCACACUACUAAGCUGUUUGGAAUUGCUCAGGCUCACAUGCUCUAUAUCUUUGCGUUGUUCACAGCAUUCGUCAACAACAAAUCAUUAUUCCAAUCAUUCGGCUUCCACAAUGAGCAGCCGAUCAUGAUUGGUUUCUUGCUCUUUUCAGAUGCCUUGGCACCUAUGGAUGCUGUCGUGAAGUUCUUGAUGAACAUCCUCAGUCGCAAGUUUGAAUUCGAAGCAGAUGCCUUUGCAGCCAACCUUGGACAGUCAAAGCUCCUUGCGCAAUCGCUCCUCAAGCUCCAAAUCCAGAAUCUCAGCACCAUGGAUGCUGAUUGGAUGUAUGCCAGCUACCACUAUUCCCACCCCAUUCUUACGGAGCGUCUGGCUGCGCUUGGAUGGAAGGGUAAGGGAACUGAAAAGGCGGAAGACAGCGAGAAGCCUGUCAAGGCAGCGGACAGGGAAUUGUAA